AUGGCCACCCCAACGACGUUUCUGGCUUCGAUUUUGCUGCUUCUUUGCCUGCUUGCAACCGUGGUGAUAUCGACUGACGGUGACGACGCGCUGGCCAUGCAUCCCGAGUAUCGAUACAAGGAUCAGAAUCUGAACAGGAAUUCUCCGUCUCGCAUCCGACGCCAAAUCUACGGCUACCCGGGCAGCUACCCCGGCGGCUUUGGCAUGGGCGGAUUUCCGUUUUUCAAUAUUGGCUGGGGCAUCACCGUCGGC